AUGGAACCUUGCAACCACUAUGAAAGAGGCUGUGACCUCUUGUCAGCUUGCUGUAACGAAUUUUUUGCCUGCAGAUACUGCCACGAUAAAGAGAAGUACGAGGACGAAAAAGAUUUCUCAAAAAAGCAUAAAAUGAUCAGAUCAGACGUAACUACAGUCAGAUGUCGUGCUUGCCAAGCAACGCAGGGAUUAAAUCAAUAUUGUAUAAAUUGUAAUACAUGCAUGGGAGCUUAUUUUUGUGCAAUCUGUCAUUUAUAUGACAGCGACUUAAGCAAAAACAUUUACCACUGCGAUAAAUGUGGUAUAUGCAGGGUGGGGCCAAGAGAAAAAUACUUUCACUGCGAUACGUGUGAAGCAUGCCUAAGCGUAAGUCUCAGGAAUUCUCAUACGUGCCGCCCUGGAAUUCUUAAAUCGAACUGUGCUGUGUGUCAAGAAGACAUGUUCACCAGCAGGCAACGGGCAAUGCCAAUGAGCUGUGGACAUUUCAUACAUAACGCAUGCUUGAGAGAUAUGAUGGCGCAUCAUAGAUAUACUUGCCCAAUUUGUUGCAAGUCUAUUGCCGAUUUCUCGGAUUUUUACCAAAAAAUUGAUGAGGAAGUUUCGAACACUCCAAUGCCAGAAGAAUAUCUUUCUUAAUUACUACUGUUUAAGUUGUCUAAUUCCGCUCCCUAUAAAUAGAGACUAACUCCCCCCCCCCUCCGUGAGCGAACAAAAAAAUUUUGUUCGCUCACGGAGGGGGGUUAAUUUUUUUUUUUAAAAAAAUUUAUAUAUAAAUUUUAUAAAAAAAAUAUAUUUUUUUCGAAAUUUAAAAAAAUCCUAAUUUGCAAAAAUUGGGAAAGCAAAUAUUAAUUUAAUUUGCAAAAUUUAUGUUUUAAAAUGCAAUUUGUUUAAAAUUAAACAGAAUUAGCUCUAGAUUUCAUUAUACUAAUUAUCACUUAUAUAUCAAAAUUUUUUUCCAUUAAAAUUUUUUCUAUUAAAAAAAUUUUUUUCACUCACGGAGGGUGGGUUUUUGGUCAAAAAAUGGCGAUUUUUCUAAUGGUUUUGUUCGCUCACGGAGGGGGGGGGGAGUAAGCAACUAGUGACGUCACUGAACUAUCUUGGAAUCACGGUGGUCACCCAACCGGCCAAACCUUCUACGAAGCUUCGCCCCCAGUUCGCUGCACAUCUCACCCGGCACGUUGCCGUCGCUCUGCCCUGGCUCAGCUCCUGCGCGUGUUCCAUCUAAGGGUCAUCCUCUAGUGGGGAUGUGCUAAGGGGUGAAAUCCUAAUCCUCUUGAUGCACUAAGAAGCAAUUCCUCUGGCUAUACCCAAAGUUAAACUGCUAUUGCUGUGCAGAAGUUCUCGAGGGAAAACCCAACACCAUAAAUAAAAUUCCAUGAGGGAGAGAAAAUGAUCAAAUCUAAUUUCUCUUGAACCGAAUGCCAUUUUAUUUAUGCCAGAAGAAUAUCAAAAAUAUUGAUUGUAAUAUCCUCUGCAACGACUGCUUAAAGAGAAACAGAGUAAGAUUUCAUGUUAUCGGGAUGAAAUGUCCUGACUGUGGCUCAUAUAAUACAACCAGGUAUUAA